UCGAGCGUCACAGGCCCCGCCCGUGGGGUGCGCCGGCGCGGUGUGAGCUCACCGACUCGGGCCAUGGCGCUGGCAGGUGCACCCGAAGUGAUCCGGGCGGCGCAGAAGGACGAUUACUACCUGGGAGGCCUGCGGAGCGCGGCGGGGGGCGCGCUGCACAGCUUAGCGGGUGCAAAGAAAUGGCUGGAAUGGAGGAAAGAGAUUGAGCUACUCUCCGAUAUAGCCUACUUUGGCCUCACCACAAUUGCAGGUAGCUAUCAGACGCUUGGAGAGGAGUAUGUCGGAAUCAUUCAGGUGGACCCCUCCCAGCAGCGUGUGCCCUCCAGGCUGCGCCGUGGAGUGCUGGUUGCACUGCACGCUGUCUUGCCCUACCUCCUGGACAAAGCGCUGCUGCCCCUGGAGCAGGAGCUGCAAGCCGAUGGUGACAGUACACGUCUGCCAUCUGGAGGACGCAGCCGAUCAGGGGCAAGGCGCUGGGUGCGUCACCAUGCAGCCACCCUGACUGAACAGCAGAGGAGGACACUCCAGCGGGCAGUCUUUAUCCUCAGACAGGGCCUUGCCUGCCUCCAUCGGUUCCACGUUGCUUGGUUUUACAUCCAUGGUGCCUUCUACCACCUGGCCAAGAGGGCAGCGGGGAUCCGUUAUCUCCGUGCUCGCCGCCUGGCUGGAGAGGACCUGAGGGUUCGCACAAGCUACAGACUGCUGGGUCUCAUCUCCCUAUUGCAUCUGGCACUGUCCAUGGGACUGCAGGUGUACAGCUUCAGGCAGAAGCAGCGAGCCAGGAAGGAGUGGAGGCUGCACCGCAACCUGUCCCACCGCAGGAGUUCCCUGGAAGACAGGGCUGUUUGCAGAACCCCACUCUGCACCCUAUGCUUGGAAGAACGAAGACACUCCACAGCUACACCUUGUGGCCAUCUCUUCUGCUGGGAGUGCAUUACUGAGUGGUGCAACACUAAGACAGAGUGUCCCUUGUGCAGGGAGAAGUUCCCACCGCAGAAGCUGGUCUACCUGAGGCACUACCGCUGACCUGGACCAGAUCGUCACCGAACAGCUCUGAGAAGUGGAUGGAGGCUGACAGGGUCUAUCAGAACUGUGGCUACACAGAAAUAUAAGUCCUCACGCACUGUUCUUUGUCAUGUAAGCCACAGUUACCUGGGAAGAGAAAGGGCUCGGGGCAAAUAGGCAAUACUCCAUAGGGGUAGGAGAGUUUGUUGCCCCUUACUUAUUAUGGCUUCUUCUGACCCUCUGGAGUAGUGGGUUCCCCCUCACUCCCCAGGACACACAGCUGAGAGCUGCUUCAAAAGUUCAGGGUAUUGUGAGAGGCAGGGUUGAGGGUCAGGCUGGAGGUGAAGCCCUGCACUGUGGGCUCCACAUCCACCGAGGUCAGUACCCUCCUAACAUGCCUGCCCCAUGCUUAUUAAUACUGUUGCCAACUCCUUAAGAAAACAGAGGUCUUCCUCUUGGCCUACUGGGUAGGAAUGGGGCUCCCCGAGUUACAGAUUUUUUUAAAAAUUAUAUGAAGGUGCACACAUGCCAUGGUAUAUGUAUGGAGAUCAGAGAACAACUUGCAGGUGCUGAUUUUUUUUUUUAUCACAUAUUUCAGGGAGUAAACUCAAGUUGGGCAUCUUGUUGAAACCUCGCCGACCUGGCAGAGUUGGCUUAGUGAGUUUUCUCUUAUAAACCAAUUUCUAUUUUCCCAGCUCCCUCUUGACUUGUCCCUGGCUUGAUUCUUGCCUCCAUUUGACAUUUCCAAGCUUUUAAAGUGAGUUUAUGUCAGACAGCCUGGCACAUCUUUGAGAAACUAAUUCCACAGAAAAGCCACACUAAGAACACAAGAUCUAGCCGAGCACAGUGGCGCACACCUUUAAUCCCAGCAGUCAGGAGUCAGAGGCAGGUGGAUCUCAGUGAGUUCAAGGCCAACCUGGUCUACAGAGCUAGUUCCAGGACAGCCAAUGCUACACAGAAAAACCUUGUCCCGAAAAAACAAAAACAAAAACCCAGAAGAUCUAGAAAGACCUCAUAAAACCGUGUGAAGAUGUCCUGAUAGAACCCCAAUCACCAGCAGUGGGGUUUGAUGUCACAGGUUCCUUGUGGAAGUCCCCUUACCAAGAGCAGGAGCCAGACUUACAUAGGGUAACUUUAGGGACCCUAUGGGAAGACGGAGCACCCAACUUUCCAUCACACCUGAGCUUAGUCACUGAUGCGGAAAACAAAAACAAAAAAUGUCCAGAUUUGAACCCCAAGUACUCACAUAGUUAGAAAGAAAAGAAAGACGCAGACGAUUAGAAAGUGAUGGGUUGAGUGUACAAAAUGUGGCUCUAAAAGGAGCAUCACAGGAACAAAAGGAACCCACAAGACGGACUUCUUCAGAAACACCACCGAGUAGGGUUCUGAACAGGCCACAGCCCCAGUCCUUCUGAUCCCUGUGUUUCCUCUGUCCUGGUGGGACUGGCAUCAUGGUUCCCCUCCUCCAGCAGUGAAUGACUAGUGGUGUAGACGAAGACUAUACAAGCAAGGGAGGCUUUCUUUAAUAAAGUUGGAAUUUGAAAGUCACUUAGUAAAAUGUUUAAAGAGUAUUAUUUUUUUAUCACAUCAAAAAGUUUGCCAUGCGGAGGGCUUGUUUUCCCCAUGUGAAGCCCCACAGCUGGUGCUCUGGCUGCUGCUGUCUCCUUAGGCUGUUGCAUGAGAACAAGUUUGAAUUCAUCAAAAGGAAAAUGUUACGUAUCAAAGGAAAGUGUCAAAAUAAUCUCAAACAAUUAAAAUAUAAUAUAUAUUUAUAAUUCCAGGCCUUCAAAAGCAAUCAUGGUAGUUAAGAACAAAGUUUCGAGUCAUUAUCAUAGAGGCCAACUUGAAAACCAUCUCUAGUGAGUGAGAUUCAGAAACUGGCAUGAGAACCCCACAAAGCUGCUGGAAAUCACCCUCAAAGGGUUACAUUCUUUUUCACAUGUAGGAAGCAGGCUGGCAUGUCCCUCUGGCGCAGAGGAGCGGCCUCAGCGUGGUCAGGAAGGCAAGGCUACACUCCCAUCCUCCCUCCUGCUCUCUUGGGCUGCCACUCUCCUGGCCUCCCAAGCCUCCCGUUCACUACAAUUCUGUUCACUUCAAACACAUGAA